AUGAUCCAACCUGUAGUUCCUUUCCUCCUCUUUCUCUUUCUCUCCAUCAGCACUCUGGUUCAAUCGCAGGAGGCGGAUGACGAGGAGGAGAUUUUGCAGCCGCUACUCCUUCAUACUGUCUACUACGAAAAGGACGACUGUUCCAGCCCCGUGGGCCUCUCCACCUUUGUGCACGACGAAACCCUCUGGAUCAUUGGUGGCCAUGACAAUGUCACGCAACAGUGUAGUUUGGAGCUGACCUGCAUUAUCGAUGGCGACGGUCCCUUUUGCCAAAAUGAACUCACUGGAAAUGUGGAACAGUACGAAAUUCGAAACCAAGUGGCCAAGGAUGGCAGAGUCUUUCAGUGUGACCAAUCCAACGAAAAUGUAGGACAAGAUGACUGCCGUUUCCUCACGGACUGCUACAGUUCUUCUGUCUUUCCCAAUUGUCAUUUCCGAAUGAGAUCCAGUGGUGCUAUUGCCCAGGACCCCAGCUUGGUGCGCAAUGACAACGCGGAGGGCAUUGCUGGUUUGCAGCACACUGCCUACUUGAACCUGUACGAAGAUGCCGAAUGCAAGGAAAUGCUUGGAAUCGAUGGAUUGGUAGCGGGAGGUGCCAGGGUUCUGGCCCAUACGUCAGAAUCCAUGACUUGUCGGGAGGCAUCGAGUUGUCUGGCAGACUCCAAUGGAGCUACUUGUGAAUCGUUUGGUGGCGUCACGGACGAAACCACCACCUACAAUUUGAAACCUUCCAUGGGAAAGGCUAUGCUGUGCGAUGAUCUAGAGGACGAAUCCACUUGUGCACCUGUGGAGCCAACUUGCGUGCAAUCCACAAUCUUUCCAUCGUGCUACCAAAGAUUGGUGGCAUCCUCGGAACUCUUGAGCAAUCCAGAAGUAUACUUUACUACCACAAAGGAACCAAUGAAGUCCACUACAGAAACUGACACUCCCGAGAAUGAAGUGGAACCAGACGAAGAAGACGAAGAAGAAGAGCCACUCGCCAAUGGUGCCAGUGCUGCUUGGCUCAAAAUGGGAGGAGAUUUUGCUGGUUCCGUGCUUUUUGUCCUAUUCAGUGGAUAUUAUUUUGGAUGGUAA